AUGAGUUAUCCUGAUGACAAUAGACAGUAUUACAAUCCAUCCGAGCCAUCGAUUCAGAAUUUGAGGUAAGAAAAAUUGUUUUCCUGUCAAAAUUCAAAUUUUUCUUUGAAGGUCAUCUAUUCAUCGACCAUUGACAACGAAUCAGCAACAAUUUGUACAGCAAGCAAUUGAAAGACCACAGCAGCAGAAUCCAGACGAUACAAAAGAGUUUGUGAGACAACUUGGCGAAUAUCAACCAACAAUUCCUGACUCGGUUUCGAUGCAUUUUUUGAAAAGUUGCGGGAUUGAUGGAACUGACGCAAGAGUGUCGCGACUAAUCGCAUUAUCAGCUCAAAAACAAAUAUCGGAUAUUAUUCUAGAUGCGAUGCAAAAUGUGAGUCACAUGUUGUUUUAAUUUUUGGUUUCUUUAUUUUAUUGCUACGUGUGUGUGACAAAACGGAAAUCAUGGCUAAUUUGAUUAUAGGCGAGAAUGAAGGGCUUGGGCCAAACGAAAAAGGGAACAAAGGAGACGAAAUUCACAUUGACUGAAGAAUUGCUGGAUUCAGUUCUGGUCGAAUAUGGCAUCAAAAAUACACGUCCACCUUAUCACACUUGA